CAGCAGCGCACUGGCAAGGGAGAUGUUAAAUGUUUUUGCUGAUGUCUCUGAAUACAUUACAGCUUGUGGAAAGUUAAACCCCGUUCUCUGUGCGAUUAUUGACCGUUCAGUUACAAAUGUGAAAAUUUCAACUCUUUUCUGAUAGUGGAGGUUGCCAUGAAAUCAGCCAAUUGCAUGCUUCUGCUCCUGUUGCUGUAAUGAUGUUAGAGAAAUGCUGCAAUCUUUGUAAUGCUGGGUCUCAGGCACCUCUUUCUGCCUGUGUAACCCUGUCCAUGCAAUGAGCAAGAGAGCGAGAAGGUUCAACUUUCUCUCGGAGAAAUUCAGCAGGCACAGAACCUGUUACAUGACUUAUCCUUUCCAGCCCCCCUCCUUCACAUUCUCCUUCUUAGCUCUACAACUGACUCAUUCUGUUGCCUAUGGCUCCUGGUUAUGCAGGGUUUGUGAAGUGCUGCAAUAUUCCUCAGCUCGUCGGUCAAUGGUUUUUUUCCUGCUAAUGCAGAUGUGACUCCGCUUAGCGUCUCUCUGCUUAAAAUCAUCCAUGCAGCCUGAACUAUGCAUUUAUAUGAAGAGUGAAAUCUUAAGAGCAGCAUUCACAUGAGACUCCUGUUUGGUUUCUUGUAGGCCUCCACUGCAGAUAUGGAGAAAAUAAGGGUACGAAAUUCCUGGGUGCCAACCUGUCUAUGGCAACCUAAAAUUCUCCAAGGCAGUCACGCAAAAUCUUCUUCUAACCUCUGGGACAGCAGCUUGCAAGACCAGAAGGAAGAACUGCAGAAGAGAUUGUCUUAUACGACUCACAAACUGGAAAUGCUUGAAUCGGAAUUUGAUUCCACGCGGCAGUACCUGGAAACUGAAUUGAGAAGGGCCCAGGAAGAACUGGAGAAAGUGACGGAAAAGCUCAAAAGAAUACAGACCAAUUACUUGUCUUUACAAAGGAUAAAUCAGGAGCUUGAGGAGAAAUUACAUAGAAUGGGUCAACACUAUGAAGAAGAGAAAAGAGCACUUGGCCAUGAAGUCAUUGCACUUAACAACCAUUUACUGGAAGCCAAGGUGACAAUUGAUAAAUUAUCAGAAGACAAUGAACUAUACAGAAAAGACUGCAAUUUAGCCUCACAGCUGCUGCAGUGUAGCAAAAGCUACUUCCGAGCCCACAAAUUAUCCGAGUUGCCAGCCGACUUCCAGGAAAGAGUAAGUCAACAUUUGGAAAAUCAUGGAUGUAGCCUUUCUGUGCCACUUUCUAACACAACAUAUGCUGACAGCAUUCCUACUUGUGUCAUUGCUAAGGUUUUGGAAAAACCAGACCCAGGCAGCGUCUCUUCACAUCCAUCAAGCGCUUCAAUGCGAGAUCUUAGCUAUGAACAAGGAGGUCAGGCACCUGAAGAGAAACUUCACCAAAGGCAGCAGUUCAAGUCAGAAAUCUACUGCAGUGACACAGCUCUAUAUUGUCCAGAAGAAAGAAGGAGAGACAGGCGGCAAAGUUUUGAUGUACACGUUAAAGAUGAGGUGUUUCUAAGGUCUCGGAACUCUACGGACAGCACUGUUGAGGACGGAUUCCAUUCGAGUUUCUCACAUGAAGCCUUCAAUGAAUAUGUUGCAUCUCUACCAACCUCUAGUUCCUACUCAAGCUUCAGUGCUACUUCAGAAGAGAAAGAGAACAACCAAACCAACACUUUAACUGCCUCACAGCAGGCAAUAUAUAUGGGUAACAGGGAGGACCUGUUUGAAAGAAAAUCAACAACAGGUUAUGAGCAUGCAGCAAGUCCAAGAUUUGUGAAAUCAAAGUCUGUCCAACACAUGGAACAUCCCGCAGAAAACACUGCAUCACCUAAUUUCACAAGAUCAUCUUCCUAUGUAGAGGAGCCCUUUCAUUUCUCUAGAAUACCUACACAACAAACAUUAAGUGCUCAUAAAUCCCACAGUGAAUGUAGGACCUCUCACCUUUCAGAAGAAGACCUGCCAACCCGCUGGAGACAGCUGAGUGCGGAAGAUAUUGGAGCGUACUCAUACAGCAAUGCUGGAAGAAUUUCGCCAUGUAGUUUUACGGAACAAUACUUUGCACACAGUCCUGUUAAGCAGCUGGAAAGCAGAAUGAGUCCACUGUAUGCAAGCUACAAACAGGACAGCUUUUCGGAGGGUGAGGAAGUUUGUCAAACUAGAAUGGGUGACUCUUGUUUUCUGAGAACAGACUCUGGCUUAAAAAUUGACAUCAGUGCCAGCUGCAAACAAGAAAUGUUAUCUACUUUUAAAUCAAAGGAAACAAGAGACCAAAAAAGUGAGAGGAUGUCAGUCCAAAUGAGUAAUAAAAGUAUAGACUCUAGUUCUUCAGUUAAGAGGGAAUAUGUUGAUGUUAGUCCAAAUAGUUCAGCAGAAUCCCUCACUCAAAGCCCCGUGGAAGCUUCCGAAAUGCACCAGUCUUCCAUUGAGCAAGGACAUUCAAGUUUCCAUGGAAAGCCCCAGCAAUUUCAAAGAACUGGAAGCAUUGGUUUAACUAGAAAAGACAGUCUUACAAAAGCACAGUUAUAUGGGACCCUUCUGAAUUAAUGAGCUUCCAAACUGCAAUAAAACAUAAACACGAUCAAGUUUUACUGACCUAAAAGUCGAAAGACCAGAUGAGAAUAAACCGGGUUUGCUUACCAGAAUUAGAAAGCUGGCAAUUUUUUUUGACUUUGUACACGAAGUACCUUAAAGCAUAUGAGUAAACAAUUUAUUUUGAAUUUUGGCUAGAUAAAAAUGAAAAUGAAUUAAAGGAGGCAGAAUGGGUGUGUAAACAGAAUAUGGUAUAAAAUAAAAGGUUUUAAAAAAAAAUGUAACCAAAGCUUAACACCAGACUGAUGUUCUGAUAGAGCCAUUUAUUACAUAAUGACAUACAGUCGACCCCUGAUUUCUGGUGGGUGUAAAUCACAGAAAAACCUAAAAUCUGGGGAUGCAAAAUUGAGGUUUGACUGUAUACAAAAAUCCCAGGAAUCUACAAAUUAUGCACAAGCAUAAUAAAUGCAAUGAUGCUGUCGUAGAGCAGGAAAACUAUUAAGUCUAGGGGGCACAUUUACUAUUUGUGGAAUAUCGAGGGUUAAUUAACCCUUGAUAUUCGACCCUCAAAGUUAAA